AUGGGAACGGGUUCCCCCGCCGCCGAUGGCUCCUCGACCAAGGGAUCGUUGGAGCAUGAGGAGGAAAAUCUAGUAGCAGCCGGGCAAUCCCCUGCCCAAUCCACGUCCUCGUCGUCAUCGCAAAGCUUCGAGUUCGUACUGGUGACUGAUGAAGGCUCGCGGCGGCAAGUUCGGCGCCAUGCAAUGCGCCAGUAUAUGCGUCAACGGCGACUAGAUGGCAUUGCUCGGCUGGCCUCCUCGCGUGCUCCUAUCCCGGGCCGGCAUCACCAAGCUGGUGAUUCAUCCUGGGAGUCCAUGACGCAAGAGGAGCCAGAAAAUGAGGCUCAUCAGAGGCCGGAUAACGCGAUUGUUCCAAUUCGCACGAGACGGCAUCACAAUUUGUCUAGUUCCAGUCCUGGACCCUCGAAUAUAUUGCUGUCUCCUGGUGCCGGGGGAAUAAGGGAUCCGUUCAAUAGCUAUCCCAUUCCAAUCAGCGAUAAUGACCAUAGACUUAUCAACCACUACGUCGUGACGUAUCCCGCCAUGAUGUACAAGUUAUCAAAUAAACCUCAGAAAAAUCCGAUGAUGGAAAUUUUCCAACAGUUUGCAUUGAAAGACCGCAUUCCUUUUCAAGCCAUGCUUGCCAUUGCCUCCAAACACCUCGCAAGCGUUGAGGGUCAGUCGGAGUCACUGCAGAGUCUAGCACAUAAGACGCAGGCAUUACAGUUAAUCAAUAGAAAUAUCCGCGAUACAACUGAUGACCAAAUAGACAACUUUAUUUAUGCAGUGGCUACAAUGGCCGUUAUAGAAAAAUGGUCCAAGGAUCCCUCAAUUGAAAGAAUGCAUAUUAAAGGCUUGACUCUGAUGAUUCGCCGAAGAGGAGGUAUGCGGGUGCUGAAAGCCCAAAAGCCUUUUCUGGAGCAAGUCGUAUACUGGGUGGACUUUAGUUGCGCAGCCAAAGCUAUAGUUGGUGCCAGCCUUCCAUGGACCGGGAGUGUUCCCGACGUUCCCCCUGAGCGAUUUCGGUUCUGGUUGUCAGAUCAGCAGCCGAGAGCAAACUUAAAAGAACGGGGGUGUUCUGAUUACUUGAAGUCAUGCGAAGAUUUUCUUGCGUUCUUUCGCUGCCUCCAUGCUGCACAGAAGGCUCUUCUCGAAGCGCCUUGCCAGGCCCCUUCAACUACCGAGUCUCGUCGGAUGAUUCCCUUCGAUAGAUCGUCUCGGCUUUAUUGUACAUUGACUGCAUUACCCGAUUACGACCGCGGAAUCCGCGAUGUUCGUUUCAUCGAUGAAUAUACUCGUAUGGCAUGUUUACUUUAUUUGAACAUAGCGUUGUAUGAAUGCUAUAGGAAGCAACAGAAUUUCGAUUUAUAUCUGGCCUGGAUACACUCCGGAAUGCAGCAGUUUAGCGCAGAACCCAGCGUGUCCUCCCUCAUGUGGUUAAUUCUAGACAACGGCGGCUAUGCGCGAGGCGACGCUGGGGAUGCGGGAGAACGGAGCUGGCUUGUAUCACGGAUGCUACGCGUAGUCAAACGGCUAGAAUGGACUCAGCAAGGCACGCUGUGGGACCAGCUGCGCCUGGUUAUGCUCAACUUUAUAACGACACAGCAAGAAUGCGGGCUCGGGUCUGACAUGGUGGGCGAAUACGAGUUGGUGGCACGACAAAAAAAGCUUGGGCAGAUGCGGACUCCUCUUUGGGAUGAGGAUGAGAUGCGUCGGGAGAUCUUGGGUAAUCUGUACGAUGGUUCGUCGUUCGAUGUUUCGAACUCCAAAGGCAAGGACUUAGAGUAA